AUGAUCCCCAACCAGCUGAGGGUCAGCUCUCCGGUGUCUAGGCAGGAAGAAGAGAUGAUGGAUGGCAGGACAGGCUCUGAGCAGGACAGAGACCGUGCCACUUCAGGGCACGGCCAGGGGCUGAAGUUGGAGCCCUGUUUCCAGACCGACUCUCUCUUGCCUUCCCCCAGUGCGUCCCUGAUAUCACAGCUCCUCAGUCACCCAAUGGUUGGCAGGAGCCUGGAUUCCACCAUCCUUUUCCCUUCCUCUCAGCCAGUGGUCCUGCCUCAGGACUACAAGCAUGGCGCAUCUCCUGGAGAAGGAGCACAAGCCCUGGCUUUCCCCAGGACCCGUGCCACGGCUCCCAUGCCCUGUGCUCGUGACAGGGACCAGCUGUCUGACCAGCACCUUCGAGCCAAGCGGGCCAGGGUGGAGAGCAUCAUCCAAGGCAUGAGCCUCCCACUAAACCCUCAGGCAUUUGGUACCAGCCUGGAGGCAGCUUUUGGGCACGAGAGGGAGAGGGGUGGCGACAUGCCCCAGGAGAGCAAGAGGAAGCCAAGGGUGCCCCAGAAGGGUGUGGGGGCGGCCAGGCAAGUGGCCCCUGCAGCGGGCAGCCCCCAUGCCGAGGGCUGCCAGCAGCUGAAAGAGCAGCUCUGCUUUUUAGAGCAGCAGCUGAGGCAGCUUCAGGAGAAGUUCUCCCAGGUCUGCGACUCUGGGGAUGCUGCCCAAACUCAGGAAGGUGCUGAGAAAUGGCAUCCACUGCCUGGAAGGCCUGGAGACAGACUGGACAAGGACAGUGCCACUGCCACCAGUGACCCAUGCAAAGGGCCUUUCUGGAGGAGCAUCCUGGAGGUGCAUGGGCCAGAGGAGGACGAGGACAGAGGCGACACAGAUGGCCUGCCCUUGGCAGCGAGGGUCCUCUCGCAGGCGCUGAAGCAUGAGCUGACCGGGGUGAUGUCUCGGGUGGUGGACUCUGUCCUGAAAACCGUCUGGCCGAAGGCAGCCAGCCACCUCCUGCAGCAACACUGCAGCCUCCCAGUGCCGGGGCCAGAUGCCAGGAGAGAGUAUUUUGCUGCUGGGAAAUGCAGAAAGCCACUUGCUAAGCCAUCUCCUAUGAACGGCCCGGGCUCGCUGGGCUCACCCCAGGCUGAGGCCCUGUCAGGAGCUUUGGGGAGGAGCCCGGGCUCUCAUGCCGGCUCCUUCAGUUCAAAAGGGGUCAGAAAACCCUCUCAGGUACUCAGCAUGGGUUAUUCGAUGAGCUCGGCUGCCCCCGUCCAGGACAGCCAGCUGCUGAGCCAGCUGCUGGGCUAUGACCAGCAUGGCCUCUGGGUCAGCAGCUCCUGUGGGAGCCCCCCUGCCCUGGAGAGGAGUCCUCCGGAGCCCCUCGACUUGCACUGGGGAACUGUUAAACUGAGGUCAUCGGUUGUGAGGCAGCAGCAGCAUCCCCUGCCCCUGAGCCCUGCUGACACGGAGAGCCUGGCACUGCUGUCAUCUGGCAGAGAAGGCUGUGGGGAGCUGCAGGCUGCGAUGGAUGGGGCACCCUUCACCUCCACCCAUAUACAGGAGGCGCUGACCCCUGGCCACCUGAAGAAGGCCAAGCUGAUGUUUUUCUUCACCCGCUACCCAAGCUCCACUCUGCUGAAGACCUACUUCCUCGAUGUGCAGUUCAGCCGCUGCAUCACCUCCCAGCUCAUCAAGUGGUUCAGCAACUUCCGCGAGUUUUACUACAUCCAGGUGGAGAAGUUUGCCCGGCAGGCCCUGCUGGAGGGCGUCGUGGAUGCUGGCACCCUCCGGGUCUCCCGGGACUCGGAGCUUUUCCGCACCCUUAACAUGCACUAUAACAAGGGGAAUGACUUCGAGGUGCCAGGGCGGUUUCUGGAGGUGGCCAGCCUGACACUGCGGGAGUUCUUCAGCGCCGUCAGGGCGGGCAAGGACUCCGACCCCUCCUGGAAGAAACCCAUUUACAAAAUCAUUUCCAAACUGGACAGCGACAUCCCAGAAGGGUUCAAAGCCGCUGGCUGCUCCCAGCAACUGCUCCACAGCUGA